AUGCUCCAGUUGAAAUGCUCCCGUACAGAGCCAUGUCUAAACUGUGUGAAUGCAAAGACAACUUGCGAAUAUCGUGAAGUUGACCGCAAGAGAGUCCCAGUCUCACAUGAAUACGUCGCUAGCUUGGAGAGCCGACUUGCCUGGUUCGAGUCAUUCGUCAAGAAUCUUCGCGCUGCAACCCCAGAGAAGCGAGAGGAAAUGCUUAAAUCAACUGAUUUGGAGGAGCACUCUCCCAGUGAUAGCACAAAAGCGCCUGGCGAAUACAUCGCUAACCUUGGAAUUCACGCACGAAAUCAAGCAAAUCUUGAAUUGGGCCUCGAGGGCUCACUAGUUUAUCAUGGAGCGACAAGUAUCUUCCGCGGAGAGGAAGACCAGGGGCAACAUGCCAGCAAUCUAGCCAUUCAGGGAUAUUACGACGGAGUUGAAUCAAACUUCGAGAGCGUGAUGGGGCAUUUCGGCGUCAGCAUGGGGGAUGAAGUCGUGAUGAAAUCACUAACGCAGUUUUUCAGGUGGCAGUAUCCCCAUUUCAUGUUUAUCUACCGCGAGGCUUUCCUCCGGGAUCAUUUUGGUGACAGGAAGAGCGGAAAGUAUUGGUCUUCAGCACUCUUGUUGUCUAUUUGUGCCUUGGGCGCUCUUGUCUCCGUCGAUACCAAAGCUUCCAGUAACCAGUUCUUCCUGGCAGCGGAAAGCAUCAUCAUGGUGACCGGGCUUACGAGACCAUCAAUCGCUACCGUCCAGGCAUUUCUUUGUCUGGCAUUCUAUGAGAUUGGGCGGGGUAAUCUGUCAAAAGGAUGGGGUUAUUCAGGCAUCGCCUUUCGGAUGGCCCAAGACUUGGGAUUUCAGAGAGAUCCCAAGGAUUGGAUCCAACAUGACUCGUCUCUAGCAACACCUGAAGACAUUGAAAUACGGCGACGCAUCUACUGGGGUUGCUACAUCUCUGACAAGUUGAUCAGCCUUAUUCUUGGCCGUCCCGUUUACCUUGUUUACGAUGAAGCCGAAGUAAAACCAAUGGAGACCUUACCUGAGCCCCCCGAGAUGGCAUUAUGGAAGCCAGUCGGGUUCGACGACGAUUACAAGGAACUCACACAAGCCACUUCGAUGAUCCCAUACCUACAUGAGCAGAUCCGCCUCUCGAGGAUAGUGGAACGAAUGAUGACAACUCUGUUCUCACCUAGAUCGAACCUCAGCGACAUCAGCAGACGAGUAUGCUUCGAUAACCUAAAUCUUGACCUCAAUAGGUUGCGGGAAUCGCUUCCUGAUUUUGCGAAGUGGAAUAAAUGGGGUCCCUCUUCGAAGCCCAUACCAGGAGUCCUUGCCUUGCAUCUCCUUUUCCAUAGUGCGCGAAUCGCGUUGAACCAUGAUCAAGCCAUUGCGAGUCGUACCGAUGUUCCAGAAGAGAAGCCUCGUCUCUACUGCGUGACAUCGGCCGAGGACAUAUCAUCUAUUUUACGGACUUAUCGCAGCCAAUAUGGCUUGCAACACGCUCCCCUCAUAUUCGUGUACGGUGCAGUUCAGGCUAGCCGCUCAGUAAAGGCGUUUGGGAUACCCGAGGAGUUACAAUACCUGAACCAGACUCUUGGGGAGUUAUCAUCAACUUGGACCCUCUCUAAGCAAGUCAUGACCCGAAUGACUUGA